CCUCCACCUGUUUAACAAGCCACGACACCAACGAUCCUUUCCAAGACGCGGUCUGACGCUAGACAAUUCCAUGUAUGCUGAAUGGGAUUUUCCCUUUCAUCCUUUCUUACCUUCUUCUCGUCUCACACAACCACUCUUCAUCAGUCAUCACUAUUCAACCCCUUGCAUUCAAGCACACUUGUAUAGGCCAAACGCGCUGCCAUGAAACACCAACAAAGAAUACCUUAACCAUUCCUCAACUCUCGCCCCUCUCCCCUCUCUCUUCCUCUAAUAUCCCCCAAGUCUCGAUUCCUACUGCAUUCCUCCUUAGUCCAUUGGCUCUGCAGGUACCUGCUCAGGAUGAACGAUCCAGGCCUUGAUGAACCCAUAGCCGACGCCUCUGCGAUUCUCAAGGAAAAUGUCGAAGACCGCCCCCCUGCAUCUCACCACAAUCCCCAAACAUCAUCCCCUUUCCAACGCCGAGAUGAAUCCCCAGAACAGACCUACGACAAAAUGUCGGAAGAAGAGCAAGAGCGGAACUUUCUUAUGCCAGCGAGGUGGUGGUAUGCUUCGACAGGCGUCCCCCUCGUGGCGGGUACUUUUGGCCCAAUGGCGAACGCAUUCAGUAUCUGUGCGCUGGUGGAGAACUGGAGGGUCGAAAUUCCCCCGGGAGGGACAGAGGAGCAUGGAAUUGACAUUAAAGACCCAGCUUGGCUUAUCGCCGUCAACGCCGUCUCCCUGGCCUUCGCCCUUGUUGCCAACAUGUCCCUCCUCCUCAACAUGGCGCGCCGUGUCCCCUUCCGAAUCGCCCAACCCAUCACCAUACUCGGCUUCUGGAUCGCCUCGGUGCUCCUGAUCGGCUUGGUUGCCGUCGCAUCCUCCGACUUUGACGCUCCUGGUGUCAAAAGCCAGGCUCUCUCCCAGGCAUAUUACUACGCCAUCUUCGCGGCGGGAUUAUACCAGAUAAUUUCAUACUUAAUGUGUUUUACAGUGUACGGGGCGUACAAAGGGCAUUACAGUAAAGAGUUCAAACUUACGGUGGCGCAGAGGACGUUGAUGUUGCAGACCAUUAUGUUCUUGCUGUAUCAACUCUUGGGGGCGUUAGUGUACUCACACAUUGAAGGAUGGAAGUUCCUGGAUGCAGUGUAUUGGGCGGAAUUCACUUCUCUGACAAUUGGUAUUGGUGAUGAUUAUACACCAAAGACCCACCUGGGGAGAGGACUGCUGUUUCCCUUUGCGAUGGGCGGCAUCAUCAUUUUGGGUUUGGUGGUCGGGUCUAUUCGGUCAUUGAUUCUGGAGAGGGGGAAAAAGAAGAUGGCAGCCCGAUUGACGGAGAAGACCCGCGUGCGAUUGCUCAAGGAGAUCGAGAGGGUCGGUAAGAAGAAGAGCCUCUUGAGACGCAAGGGGGCGCUGGGGCUCGAGAAAAACACCACCAAGGCAUUGACCGUGGAUCCAGGGGAUGGGGAGAUAUCCGAGCUGGAGAGGAGACAGGCCGAGUUCGAGGCAAUGCGGAAAGUCCAGGAGUACGCUGCCACAGAGCGCAAGUACAUGAGUUUGCUUAUAUCGACAUUUGCUUUUGCUUUCUUGUGGACGAUUGGGGCUUUAGUCUUCGAACAUGCCGAAAGGAACCAGGACUGGUCGUAUUUCGGAUCACUCUACUUUUCAUACACGACGCUAUUGACCAUCGGAUACGGGGAUUUCCAGCCCAUGUCUAACAGUGGAAAGCCAUUUUUUGUCUUUUGGACUCUGCUCGCCGUCCCUACCUUGACGAUUCUCAUCUCCGACAUGGGAGACACCGUGGUCAAGGCCGUCAAAGACGUCACCAUCUGGCUGGGGGAGAUCACUGUGCUUCCCAGCAGUGAAGAUACUAUAGCAAAUCGGCUCAAGCAUGGCGUGUACAAGGCCACUCUUGGACAACUGGACCCUCGAUCUUCAGGUUCCCGAGAUGUGGAAAAGGGCUCAGAGACCGGGGGUGGAUCUGGGUACCAGGAACUGCAUCCUGGCCUUGCACGCCUCUUCCGCAAUGGUGUGAGGAAACGCAAGAAGGGUGAAAAAGACAACGACACCAAAGAUCGCCUGGCUGCCGACUUCGAGGAGGAGGAGAAACAGGAAGAGUCGGAUGCGAGAGACAAGGGCGACCGUGGGCAAGAAGAUGUCCAUCACUAUCGCCGCUUGCUGAUCUCUCAAAUUCGAAGGGUGUAUGCAGAUGCGUCGGCAGCAACGCCCAAAAAGUACAGCUAUGAUGAGUGGCAAUACUUUCUCAAAUUGCUGGGCGAGGAUGAGGCAGAUCCCUCAUAUCACCGCCGAGCUCCGACCCAUGGCGAAAUGGCAAAGGAAGCCCGCGAGGCUAAGGAGAACAACAACGAGGGUGGCAACCUCGACAUCGGGAGGAAGGGAGCGGCGUUUGAUGGGGAGAGGCAGGAGGACCAGGACGUUCAGGUCGCCAAAUGGAGCUGGAUAGGUGCACAAAGUCCAUUGAUGGGUGACAAGGAAGAAGCUGAAUGGUUGCUGGAACGACUCUUCGAGCGUCUGGAAGCAAGUCUUCGUUCCGACACAACGCAAACGGAGAAGGCGAAGCAUUACACCAGGGAUCUCGAAGAGCAGAAACGCCGAGAGGAGGACGGCGCGGGCAGUGAGAGAACAAUGUCCCAGGAUCGAGACCCCGGCGUUCUGGACCAUCCUUGAAGGCGUCACGAGGCUCUCGGCCACCAGAGGCGUUGACCCUCGUUAGACAUUGGAGCGGCGCGGAUCUCGUU